CCAUGGAAACUUUCAUGUUAAAUAUAUUACAAGAAGCCAUAGACCGAGCCAGAGUAUUUGAAAUGAUAUUCUCAUAUGAAUUGGCACUUUGUGGACCUGCAGUGAUAUAUAAUACUUUAUUAAAAAGUUUGAAUCAGUCAUCAUUAGAGUUUGCAAAUACCCAUGCUGGCACAUAG